AUGGCCCAGCAAGGCAAGGUCGAGCCACAGGACCAGGACUCCUUCUUGGAUGACCAGCCCGGAAUUCGUCCGAUCCCGUCAUUUGACGACAUGCCGCUGCACCAGAAUCUCCUCCGUGGCAUUUACUCCCAUGGCUUUGAAAAGCCCAGCAGCAUCCAGCAGCGUGCCAUUGUUCCGUUCACGCGUGGCGGCGACAUCAUUGCGCAGGCGCAGUCCGGAACUGGAAAGACGGGCGCGUUCUCCAUUGGUCUCUUACAGCGCCUUGACUUUCGCCACAAUGUUCUUCAGGGGCUUGUGCUUUCCCCUACACGAGAAUUGGCUUUGCAGACGGCGGAGGUUAUCACCCGCAUUGGCGAAUUCCUUGCGGAGGGGAACCAGGCGUUUUGUGCGACGUUUGUUGGUGGAACACGAGUGCAGGACGACUACCGCAAACUCCAGGCCGGCAGCAUUGUGGCCGUUGGAACGCCCGGACGUGUAGUGGAUGUGACAAAGCGUGGUGCGAUGCGCACAGAGUACCUUCGUGUCCUUGUCCUUGACGAGGCUGAUGAGAUGCUUUCUCAGGGCUUUGCUGAACAAAUUUAUGACAUCUUCCGCUAUUUGCCGAAGGAGAUUCAGGUUGCUCUCUUUUCCGCCACGAUGCCGGAUGAUGUGCUGGAGUUGACGAAGAAGUUCAUGCGCGAGCCAACGCGUAUUCUUGUGAAGCGCGAGAGCCUGACCCUUGAGGGCAUCAAACAGUACUUUAUUGCGGUGGAAGAGGAGCACAAGCUUGACACACUCAUGGAUCUCUACGAGACUGUGAGCAUUGCGCAGAGUGUGAUAUUUGCCAAUACCCGUCGUAAGGUGGACUGGCUCGCACAGCAGCUCAACCAGAACAACCACACCGUCAGUUGCAUGCACUCUGAGAUGCCUAAACAGGACCGCGAAAGGGUCAUGAGCACCUUCCGCAACGGGAGCUCCCGCGUGUUAGUGACAACGGACCUCGUGGCCCGCGGUAUUGAUGUGCACCACGUGAAUAUCGUCAUCAACUUUGAUCUGCCGACCAACAAGGAGAACUACCUGCACCGUAUUGGUCGUGGUGGCAGGUACGGUCGCAAGGGCGUGGCGAUCAACUUUGUGACGCAAAAGGACGUGGAGGUACUACGCGAGAUUGAGUCGCACUACCACACGCAGAUUGACGAGUUGCCGGUGGACUUUGCCGCAUACCUUGGCGAGUAA